AUGCCGGACGAAACCCCCAAAAAUAUCCGCCCCCUCAACCGCUUCAUAACCACCCACAAUGAAAGCGGCAAAGCGAUCUUCUCAAACGACCUCCCAGAGUUAAUGCCGGUACAAAGAAUCCCAGACGGCGCAGACUUUAGCUUAGCUUACACAUCCGACCACUUCCCCGCGCAAUUGAACAACAAAUUGGAUAUAACGGAAUACUCCAACUACCUGACAAGCCCACCAGGCAUCGUCGUAUCAAGCGGGACAGUCUGCCGAAUCGUGGAUAUGCCACCUGCAGCCAUGAGUCCAAUGCACCGUACCGUGUCUCUUGAUUAUGGUGUCGUCCUCGAAGGCGAGGUUGAGCUCGUGCUUGAUUCGGGUGAAGUGCGGUUGCUUAAGCGUGGUGAUGUUGCUGUGCAGCGGGGCACGAAUCAUGCUUGGAGGAACGUUACUCCCGAUGUCGUUGAUGAGAAUGGUGUCAAGACUGGUCAGUGGGCUCGGAUGAUGUAUGUUCUUCAGCCUUCGGAGGAGAUUGAGGUUGACGGUGGACGAUUGGGGGAGGUCGUUGACGGUAUUGGUGUUCGUGCUAGUACUUAA